AUGCACCAAGGGGCGCCCGGACCGGGCCUCAGGGACCUGAAGGGGGUCCAGAGCCCUGCCAGAGAUUUGGAGGUCUCUUGCCUGGAGGCUGCGCGGGACUUUGGGGUGCUGAGGGAGAAGGGCGGCCCCCGCGGCCUGCAUGAGGCAGAGGGGGUUGCAGGAGGCAGAAAACGGGCCCGGCCGGUGCGAUCCAAGGCGCGGCGCAUUGCGGCCAAUGUGCGGGAGCGCAAGCGCAUCCUGGACUACAAUGAGGCUUUUAACGCGCUGCGCCGGGCGCUGCGGCACGACCUGGGGGGCAAGAGGCUGUCCAAGAUCGCCACGCUGCCGCCGCGCUGCGCCUCGUGCUCCCCGCACGCGCACCUGGAACGGCUCAGGGCGGCGGCCGAGACGCUGGGCUCGUCCCAGACCUCUGCGGGGAGCUGGCGCCGAUGUCCAGCGGCUCCUUCCGCGGUGCCUCUUUGGUCGAGGAGCUGUGUGCGCGCGGGCCCAGGCCUGGGCUACCCGCACCUCUGA